AUGGCCUCGUACGGGCACCGCCAGACGGCGCCUCAGGCAGGGCACAGACACGGCUCCCCUGCCAUGGCGGCCCCGGGCGUCGCCGCUCCGCCGGGCACCUUUUCGCCGGGCACCAAGAUCCAGGUGGGCAGCCACCUGGUCGUCAUCCAGAAAUACCUGUCCGAGGGCGGCUUCGCCCACGUCUACCUCGUCAAGAUGCCCAAGCCCGUCGACGGCACCGACCUCGGCGUCCUCAAGCGCGUCGCCGUCCCCGACAAGGAAGCGCUGCGGAGCAUGCGCACCGAGGUCGAGACGAUGAAGCGCCUCAAGGGCCACCGGCCCAUUGUCACCUACAUCGACUCCCACGCCUCCGAGAUGCGCGGCGGCGGCUACGAAGUCUUCUUGCUCAUGGAGUACUGCAAUGGUGGCGGCCUCAUCGACUUUAUGAACACGCGCCUGCAGCACCGUCUGACGGAGCCCGAGAUCCUCAACAUCUUUGUCGACAUUGCAGAGGGCGUCGCCUGCAUGCACUACCUCAAGCCCGCCCUCCUGCACAGGGACCUCAAGGUCGAAAACGUCCUCAUCACCUCGCGCGGCUCCGCAAAACGCUUCAAGCUCUGCGACUUUGGCUCUGCCGCAGCCCCGCGGCCCGCGCCCACUACCGUCGUCGAGUGCCGCCUGAUGGACGAGGACGUGCAGAGACACACGACGCUGCAGUACCGAAGCCCAGAGAUGAUUGACGUCUACAGAAAACAGCCGCUCAACGAAAAAUCCGACAUUUGGGCCCUUGGUGUCCUGCUUUAUAAGCUUUGCUACUACACGACUCCCUUUGAAGACCAGGGCCAACUUGCCAUCCUCAACGCCAGCUACCGCUAUCCGAGCCAUCCCGUCUUCUCGAACCGUAUAAAGAAGCUCAUCGCCUCUAUGCUGAAAGAGAGCAUAGAGGCUAGGCCGAAUAUAUACCAGGUGUUGAAGGAAGCUUGCGCAAUGCAGGGCAGAGAAGUGCCUGUAAAAGACAUCUACGCAGGGAGGUCGCAUACCGAAUCCCGCCCCAACGACAAGGCGUCCGCAGAACGAAAAGCAAAGCCAGUCGUUGGCGCCGUCGUCUCUGCCCCCGUCGAAGAGAAGCCACGCAUCCCUGACGUUGUGCCCAUGCGGAGAGGCAGACCGUCCCCUCUGCCGGGGCCGACAAAGGCGUCAGAGGUACCCGGCUCGCCCGCCAAGCCAAUCGCAGAAGGGGACCCCUUUGCGGCAUUGGACUCCAAGAACGGCGUCAGCGUCGAUGGCGAUGAAUUAUCCUCGCGCUUCCCCACUCUCGAUCAGUUCUCCUUGCUCCACGACCAGGGAGCCAAGUUCGAUUUCGACUCGGCCAUUGCGUCUCCCCCGCCAGAAGCUCCGGCCGUGAAUCCGAUUCCGAGGGUAGCGGCGAAGCUGGCUGAUGCAGCUUUUGCGUCGCCCGAAACGAGUUCCGCAGACCCGAUAUUGUCGCCGGGAAAACGCGCUGUCCCAUCUGCAGGGCCUGAACCAGCAGUCGCGCCGAGUCUGGCCAUGCCUACGUCCGCGGCCUCGUCCGCCCAGCCCAAGACGGAGGGGGGCAAGGCACAAUCCAUCAUCAGCCGCAACCCAGAUCUCAAGGUAAUCUCAUCUCAGGCCAACUUGAAAUAUGUGUCCACCGGCACGAUGACGGCGGAGAUUACCCCUGAGCCGCUUGCAACAAGGGCCGUCCAGGGCACCGGACAGAGUCGCCCCGGAGGCGGCAAACAUCCCUCUCUCCAACCCCGCUCGGGUUACGGGAGACGGCCGUCAUUAUCGUCCCGACCGUCGCUCGAGGACAACCGGGCCAUUGCAUCGGCAGACGCUAUAGAGCGCACCGGAUCGCUGCCUAGUCGGCCGCGGCCCGCGAGCACGGCCUUUGAAUCAAGCACUUUGGAGUUUCUGCGCGAGAAAGAGUCCUCCACGGCACAUGGCCGACCUGCUCGUCCGCUGUCUCGAGGCUCGCAGCCUAGGUCGUCGUCGAGCCUGAAUGCCACGGCGCGUGAUGACAGCAUACAAAUAUCGAACGUUGUCGACCGCUUGAUCGACAUGGACGACUCCGACUCGGAUACGUCGCCGAGGCUGAACGUCGCCAAAAGAUCUGUCGUAUCCCAGGCUUCUGGGUCAAGAAACAAGCUUGCGGGCAAGUUUGGAGACGCCUUUAAACGAUUUGAGGGCACCGCCGCGCCGGAAAUUCCGGCCACCGCAGCCACUCCUCCACCUCUGAAGGGCGUGGCUCACCACGAGCUUACCCCGAUCGCAGGGUCGGAGGCAACGGAUGGCCGAAGCGACGACGGGUUGACGGAUCUGAAUAGCGACAACGCGACGCCGGAAAUGAGACGGGAGAUUGAGCGACGUCAGCUUCAGGAGGAGGAGGAGCGUGUAGCCGCAGCGCAGGCGGAGUACAGGAAACGGUUAACCAGCGAAGGCGCAAGUCAACGACCCGUCCCGGGACCGAAGAAAGUGGGCAUCGUGCCCAAGUCGGCGAAUAUCCAGAGCCGGGUCCGGAGCUUGCUGGAGGAAGAGCAACGGCCGUCGCAGGUCCAGAGAACUGCAGAGGGAUACGGGAAGUACUCGGAUGCUGCAACGGCGGCCAGCAAGCCGGAAAAUGAUAAGGCGCUGCCCUCGAUACCGCGGAAGCCGCCUGCCGCGCCCAGAUCAAGAGCUGAACCGACGGCGUCCCCAGCGGAGAGGCCCACGGGCAGCAGGCCGGCGGCGCCGAAGAAGCCCGUCCACCUCAACAGCCUGCCGACCGGGGCGCGCCCGCCGUCGCCGGCCAAGCGGAGCCAGCCCACGGAGACGGAGCGGCUGAUUGCGGCGGAGCUCCCGGGCCAGCCGCUGCUGGAAAUGUCGGCGCAGGAGAAGGAUGACUACAUCAAGGACUUUACCAAGCGGUUCCCCAGCCUUAGCUCAAUGGAGCUUGAGGCUGCCAUGAGCCGCGGGGGCGGAGCGGUCGGGCAGUGA